AUGAAGAGACAGAUAGCGGAGGGAAAAUUUGAUCCAAAAACCCAAAUAACAGUUAGCGAACAGAAUAUGAUUGACUGCUCCGGAGAUUUCGGCACAAUUGGUUGCGACGGAGGAAUGCCUCAACAGGCCUUCAAAUAUGUGGCCGCAAACAAAGGCAUCAAUGGAGUCGACGCCUACCCCUAUCUCGGAAAAAAAGACAAAUGCAAUUAUAAUCCGGCGAAAAGAGUUGACGUCGAAGUGAAAGAAGGAAAGCGUCUCAAAUCAGGUCUGGACAACGACUUGGCCACCGCUAUCUACAACUACGGACCCGUUGCCAUCGCAGUGCACGUCACUAAAGAUAUGGCCGCUUAUAAUGAACAAAAUAUGAUUGACUGCUCCGGAGAUUUUGGUACAAUUGGUUGCGACGGAGGAAUGCCUCAACAGGCCUUCAAAUAUGUGGCCGCAAACAAAGGCAUCAAUGGAGUCGACGCCUACCCCUAUCUCGGAAAAAAAGACAAAUGCAAUUAUAAUCCGGCGAAAAGAGUUGACGUCGAAGUGAAAGAAGGAAAACGUCUCAAAUCAGGUCUGGACAACGACUUGGCCACCGCUAUCUACAACUACGGACCCGUUGCCAUCGCAGUGCACGUCACUAAAGAUAUGGCCGCUUAUAAAUCUGGUAUUUUCGACGACGCAAAGUGUAGCCCAAAGAAAGUGAAUCACGCGGUGGUCGCUGUCGGAUAUCAUCCCGAAUACUUCAUUGUCAGAAACAGUUGGGGCGCGAAGUGGGGAGAAGACGGUUAUAUUCGCAUUUCUCGGAGCCGAGUGAACAACUGUGGUGUUUCACAACAGGGCUAUUACCCCGUACUUCCCAAUGCCGUCGAAACGCAAGCCAUGAGAGACCGACUCAGAGAUGUCUAA